AUACGUAUACUCGUUAGCCCAUCAAUCCCAACCUCCCUUCCCCCGCGACUUUUGGCUCUGCUCCCUCGUGUUCUUCCCUCCUUCGCCUCGUUUCAAACCCUAGAGCCCCUCCUCCUCCCAACACCCCUAACCCUAGCCCCUCUAAUCUGCCCCCCUCUCUCCCUCCACCCUCCCCGCGGUCACCACCACCUCCUCCGCUCUCCGCCGCACCCCGCGCCGCCCGCGCUCGCGCCCUAGUGACCCCACCGCGCCUCGGGUGGCUGUGGAGGCGCUGGUGUGUUUGGGGGGAUUGGGUGAGGGCCUGAGGGGAUGGUGUGGCAGCCAUGAGUCGGUCCUCGUUCCGGCCGCGGCCGGUAGACAUCCACAAGAGGCUCCCCAUCGUGAAGUCAUCGCGGGAGUUUGAGGACGAUGACCCCACAUUCACACUCCGGGCCGCCCCUCCCCUAUUUCGUCACUCUGCACCGGAACCCGCGGCUGAUGGCGAGGCACAUCCAGCAUCCAGCAAGAAGAAUGCCCAUGAAAUACCCACUCCCCAGUAUGACGCUGUUGAUACAUAUGAAAGGGACUAUACUUGUACCUUCGCACAACCUGCAACAUACAUACGUGGAAGAGGAGCCAGAGCUGAGAUUGGUGAUUUUGUUGAGUAUGACCUGGAUAAUGAAGAUGAAGACUGGCUUGAAAAUUAUAACAAUGAGCGAAAAAAUAUGAACCCUGAAAAGUUGGAGGUCCUCCUAUUCAAGCUGGAAAUUUUGGACAACAAAGCUCGAGAAAGAGCAGGCAUCAUAACACCCACCAUUAUUGGACCAGUACCAGUCAAGUUGCAGCUUGAUUCUGCCAUGGCGGCUUUGCAGUACUUAUCUGUCCACUAUGUCGUGUUCCAAGCUGUAUAUAACUACUGGAAAUCAAAGAGAGAGCGGUGGCAAAAGCCUAUUUUGCGGCAUUUGCAGCCUGCUCCACCAGCGAGUGAUACAAAUCCAUACAAUGUCUUCAGACCAAGAGAGAAGGCAUAUCGUCUUCACACAAGAAGGAUGCAACGUCGAGAAAAUAAUGUACAAUCAUUCGAAAAGCUCUGCCUGGUUAGGCGAAACCUAGAGCAAGCUAAGGUGCUAAUGGAGGCUUUGAUUAAGAGGGAAGAGAAGAAACGUGAUGCCAUGGAGUGUGAGGUCCACCUUCGACGUAUACAAAUGAAAUACAAGCAUGAAGCGCAACUUCUUGAUGAUGGGAUUGCACUAUCAGGCCGCCAGCAAGUUUCCAGUCAGUUUGGAUCGAGUGACGAUGAUUAUGCUGACUCAGAUGAUACAACUACUGAGCAACCAUUUGUACAACCAAUUGCUUUUCACCUUCGGUUCCCUGAUAACAAAGUAUCAGUCAUUCCGUCUGUACGUUUAAAGCAUGAGCGUGAGCUGAAGAGAAGACUACAGCACACUGCCUGGUUCUUCAAAAGGGAUCCUGAGGAACCGGUAAUGUUAUUCACAAGGCCAUUGAAUCCUGAUAAGUUGGAGAUGGCCGGUAUCAGAUCACAACCAGAUCCACCUAUUGAUAGCGGUGCCACUGCACCGCCAUUCUGGUGCCAAGGCAGGAUCGGGCGAGGUGGCCGGAUCAUCUUUGACCGUUGGAAUCCUCUCCUUCAAGUUCCAAUUGGUCAACAGGCCUCCCAGUUUCUACAAUACAAUCAUUGACUCCCAGUACUAGAAGGAUGAAGCAAUGUGUUUGUUGUUGUUAUGUAUGUCACCGGUUCAACUGGCGAGAGAGAACGGCUUGAGCAGCUGUUUCUCCAUGAGCCAGAUUGGCCCUCCAGGAUGCUCUAUUUUCUGCAGCAGGGAAGGGUUUAUUUAGGUAUUGUUUGGUUGCUCGUAUGAAGAUGAUCUUGUAUGGGAUGGUUCGGUUAGAUAAGAUAAUUCUAGAUAGACUGGUACAGGUCUAAUGUUUGUUGACUGUAUAUAAUAAUACAUAUUUCUGGUUAUAUGAAAUGAGACGAUUUUGUAUAA